CAGCAGAAGUCCGCCAGAAGUUUGCGUCUCUGCAUUGCAGCCUGCGCGCUGCUGCUGCUGCUGCUGCUGGAAGCCAACGCAGCAAUGGCGACUCCCAGUGCAGACAGCAACUCCACCGGCUCAGGCAACGGCAGCAACGCUGCCGGAUCCACGUCGCACCAACUCCACCAGCAGACGCAGAGCAGCAGCAUGCAAGAAACCAACAGCUGCUGGAGAUGUCAAAAUGAAACAGGGUUACAGGUAAACCUGUCCGGAGUGGCCCAAAGUAAACGUAAAGCCCUGAAGCUGACUUUUGCCAGUCCUCUGGUGAAACCAACCUCAAGGCUUCCGCUCAAUCCCUCUGCACCUUCUUUUCAGAACCCGCACAUAGAGCGUCUGCGGACGCACAGCAUCGAGUCGUCGGGGAAGCUCAAGAUAUCUCCAGAGCAGCAUUGCGACUUCACUGCUGAGGACCUCAGAGACCUCGGGGAGAUUGGCCGCGGCGCGUACGGCUCAGUCAACAAGAUGGUCCACAAACCCACGGGCCAGAUCAUGGCAGUCAAGAGGAUUCGCUCCACUGUGGACGAGAAGGAGCAGAAGCAGCUGCUGAUGGAUCUCGACGUGGUGAUGAGGAGCAGCGACUGUCCCUACAUCGUGCAGUUCUACGGCGCCCUCUUCAGAGAGGGUGACUGUUGGAUUUGUAUGGAACUUAUGUCUACCUCAUUAGACAAAUUCUACAGAUAUGUAUAUUGUACAUUAGAUGACGUCAUUCCAGAGGAAAUAUUAGGCAGAAUAACGUUAGCGACCGUUAAAGCACUGAACCACUUAAAAGAAAACUUGAAAAUAAUUCACAGGGACAUCAAACCUUCCAACAUUCUCAUGGACCGAAAGGGUAACAUCAAGCUGUGUGACUUUGGCAUCAGCGGUCAGCUGGUGGACUCCAUUGCCAAGACCAGAGACGCCGGCUGCAGGCCUUACAUGGCGCCUGAGCGGAUAGACCCCAGCGCUUCCAGACAAGGCUACGACGUGCGCUCUGACGUGUGGAGUUUGGGCAUCACUCUGUACGAGCUGGCCACAGGGCGGUUUCCUUACCCCAAGUGGAACAGCGUUUUUGAUCAGUUGACGCAGGUGGUGAAAGGAGAACCGCCUCAGCUCAGCAGCUCCGACAAACGCCAGUUCUCCCCAAAGUUCAUCAACUUCGUCAACCUUUGCCUGACAAAAGACGAAUCAAAGAGGCCAAAGUACAAGGAACUCCUGAAACACGCGUUCAUCCUGAUGUACGAAGAGCGUAUCGUGGACGUCGCCGGCUACGUAUGUCGCAUUCUGGAUCAGAUCCCCGCCUCUCCCAUCUCGCCGAUGUACGUGGACUGACGGAGUUACUGUGGGUGUGGGCGGGGCAGGGGGGGGGCACACUCAGCUUUGUGAUGCGCUGCUUGACAUCGUUAGUCUUCGUUUAGGUUCACCUCUUUAUUCACGGUGUUCCAAAGAACUAAGGAACAGAAUCCAAGUGGGCAGGCAGUGAGAUCGAUGCCGUUAAAGCAAAACCUUCAACGCCAUCGUCAACCCCCCAAAAAACUUGGAUGUGGCGGUUUUACGUCUUUGCAAAGUGCUGAUGUGAGGAACAACAAGGAUAUAAAGUUUAUAUAUACUUCAGCUUGAUGUAAACAAAAACAGAACCCACCAAAAACAAUGUUGGCGUUCAUGAAGUGUGAACAAAAACAGCGCCACCUGUUGGAUUGUGCAGUCAGAGCCAUAAGUAUUUGGACAUGUUUUUUAGUGAUGUUGCUGCUAUAAAUGACCACAGUGAAGUUUAAAUUAAAUAAUCAAGAUGUGCUUUGUGAUGACAACUAUUAGCAUCAAUUAUUGGGGCUUUAAAACGCGUCCAUCACAUUCCUCAUUUAGGAAUUUGUGUUCUGGUGUCAUACAGUGGAAAAGCCACAAAAAUUUUGUCACUGUCCAAAUACUUACGGCCCAGACUUUGCAUUUGUGUGUUUGUGUCCAGGCCUACAGUCUACACGCGCCGUUAUGGCACAGUUUGCUGCAGGCACUGUUACUCGUGUUUCUGGAAGCUUGUGGACUCUGGGAUGUGGCUUUAAUUUUUAAAAAAAUAUGCAAUCUGUGAGUUUGUCUCUAAAUAUGAUCGGGACACAUUCAGUGCUCCAUCACCUGAUGUAAAGUUACUUUGGGACAUGAUGUCCACCCAUGUAAAUGUCUAUGUAUAUAGAACACAUGAUCUGCUGCUCCACGGUUACGACUCCACUUUAGCCGCGCUUUCCAAAAAUGAAAGUUUUCAGGGAAUUACUGGAUUUCUGGAUGGAUACUUUUGACAUGCUGCAUGUGACUACUGAUGGGCCACAUUUAAGAAAAUGCAACCAGAAUUAGCAUUAGCAUAUGCAGUCACGCUAAGCGCAGUUGAUGCUAACCUGUGCAGGGUUUAGGUUUAUGAGGGGACUUUUUGGUGCAUACAGAAAAGUCAAAUUUCCAGACCGAUGAUCAGAUUCUGGGAUCAGGACUGCUUGUGCAGGAUCAGGUGUGUGAUUCUUUGGGCUGUUCGGGGUCACCACAGCAGAUCCUGCAUGGAUCCAUAUGUUGGCACAUUUUAUGCCACAUCUCCUUCCUGAUGCAACUGCAGAUGUUCAUGGUGAUUGGUGCACGGUGGCUUUGAACUGAAGAGCUUGUGAGCAGUUUUGUACAUUUUUUUUUUUUUUUUUUAUAUGAAAUUGUGCAUAAACCAACAAUGCACCAGAAGCAUCUUCAAAGAAAAUGAUCAAAGUAGUUUGUCAGGUUUGUUCACAUCUAAGAGUAUUGCUGCUCGUGUUGAAAACAGUGGUUCUGAUCCAGCAGUCUGAAGGAUGACGAUAGUCACAAAAUCUGCAAAGAUGUCAGUUUGGGCAUUUUUGCCUUGUUGCAUCUCAGCGAUGAGCUCUUUGUAGCCACUGCUUCUCGCUGGCUGUAGGUUCAAGCAAACGUUUGGAGCCAUCUAGCAAACGGGUUCUUGUUUUUCACGUUCUGCAGCCUUUGUCUUCAUCCUUUAGCCUUCUGCAGCUCGUUUUGCAGACUCACCCUGCUAUGCUGCAGAAUCGGUGUGAGUCAGCACUUCCUCUGCAGCCCCGCCAGCUUCACGUCCCGCUGCAGAAUCACACGCACACACAGCUCGUUCUGCGACUGCAGGUGAUGUCAAAAUAAAAGCAUCUCGUUGGACAAUGAUCCACAUAUCUGGCGUCUUCAGCAUCGUCUCAGUAAGCAGGUCCUCUGCUCGGCAGGUUUCUCUUUUCUCCCACACAUUUAAGACUUCUAACCUUAACCCUCAAUUUGGAUUUUUUUUUUCCCCUUACAGUUUUUUUAGUUUAAUCUUAGAUACUGUCUGACACCUUGUAACUUUGAGUUUAAAAUCAAAUUUUUUUGUUUUUCUUGGAAUAUUAUAUUGCCCCCCCCACCACCCCCGCCUCCCUUCACAGUGACUUUAUGUUAAAAAAAAUCUAAAUUACACAUCAUUUGCACACCAAAGGAGAACAGAAAAGAAAACAUACCCCUUGUGUCUGAUGAUGAUGAGUUCAGGCAUCUCUGAAAUAUUGAUUUCCUGCCACGUGAAACAAGUCCUCCUCCUUCUCAUGCCAAAGAUGCCGUAAACUUCACUUUCCUGCUGUAGCCUUCAAAAUUUGCAAUUUAUUCCAGCACACGUGCACUAUCCCAACAACGCGGCGUUGCUAGUUUCCGUCGUCUCCUUGAUGAAAAUAAUUUUUAAGAAUCCACUUUACUGUUUUUCACAAAAUGGCAGUUGCAGCAGUAUCUGAGUUUAAUUUUUAAUGGUUAAUUUUUACAUUGUAUUUGUGAAGAAAUAGAACCAAUCAGUUCACCAGGCAGGAGUGGAACGUCUCAAAUGAAUAUCAUACGCCACCUACUGGUUACACUUCCAUUUGAACUCACUGGAGGUAUUUCAUUAGCAUUUAAUUGUUGGAUCACAUGACUCUGUUAAAGUACCGUCAGUUUUUCUUGCUCAGAUUUUUUUUUUUUUUGUGAUUGUUUGUCAUCGUUUUAGUUUUGCUCAAUGCUCCACAUUUUCACACUUAACGCGUCAAUUUGGUUUUCAAAACUUUUCCAGGGCCUUGAAAAUGAGUUCAAAUAUUCCGACUGGGUUUUCCAGACGUGUAUGAACCCCGACUCGGCGUAGCUGUGUAUGUUAAUGCUGAGAUUAGCGUUUCCUUUAAUACGGCCCUUGAGUCUGUAAACGCCACGUCAAUGAUAAAUUCAUUCUACAUCCAGGGAUUUGCUAAAUCCCUGCAGCGCUUCAUCUCUGCUGGUGUAUUUUCCAAACGUCUUUGAAUGCAGCACAAGGUGCAGUCACUUCACUUUCAUGCGACAAGGUGGCGCUUUAGUUGGAACGGGAGCGGGUGGGAAGAACGCUUGAGCCCCCAACGGUGACCACAUUUACAUUAGCGAAUGCAAAUCGUAAAUAUUGCUUUUGUUAUUUCCAACAUUUGAGUUUAAAUUAAACAUGGCCACCCCGUGACACCUAAUGUCAUCAUUAAAUAACUGAAUUGGACAUUAUAAUUUCUUUAAACUGUGUUAGGGUAAAAAUAUUUAACAGCUAACUAGCUAUGCUAGCUGCUGUUAGCCAAAUGGGCGGUGAGAAUUUUAGUGUUUGACAUUUUUAAAUAUUUAAGACAUUUAUUUGGGUUAUCGUUUAAAACGAGAACUUGUCUUUAUCUGUGUGACAGAAAAUUGGACAAAACAUUCAUUUCAAAGUAAAGAAAUGUAAUUUUUAUUAGCGAUGCCGUGUCCCUUUUGUGGUUUAUAAACUAAUCUCUACUUUUGGAGUUUAGCAUUUUCCUACAAUCUCAAAGAAAAAUCGGAGCCGAUGCAUUCGCUCACAAAACGCCACCAGGUGGAACGAGGCGACGGCUAAAAGACAUCACUGACGGUUUGUAAGCGAGCAUUACAUGGUGAUCUACAUGAACAUUUUGGGAGGGAAAAAAACUUAAGCUAGCAACACCAAUAAGCUCUUGUUCUCACUUUAUGAUUUGAUAUGAUUGUAGUUGAUUUUGUAGUUGUAGAUUGAACUACUGUAACCAUGGAAACCACCACAGAUGGUCCUCGUGCCAUCAGAGCUCUUUUUUUUUUUUUAAUAUAUAUAGAUUAUUGUGUUAGUAAUUAUGGCUAUUUCUAAAAUCCAGGGAUGGGGGUUGAUACUGUUUUAACAACAUCAAUGCAAUAACACUAUGUAACACAAUUUUUGUUCCUGGC